AAUUUUCUCACCAUCAGCGGGUACAAAACGAACGACGAUACGUAUCAAAACAUCAGCUCAUAUUCUUGCGGUGGUUGUGAUUCGCUUUAAAAAAGAUUCUUCAUCCCCAGUCAUUUACUGGAAGUUUGGUCUUUCUGGUGCUGCCACUGCCCGAAAAAGAGACUUCAAAAUGCAAAUUCAGUGAUCUUAUUUCGAGUGGAACCAUCGAGGCAAAAAUCAUGAUAAGAAACACUCAGCAAAAGAUAUAAGAAGUAUGUGAUUUUCCCUUUGCUCUGUGCGUGUCUCUUCUGUUGUCGACUGUAGAAAAAAAUCGAUCGGUCAUUUAUUAAUUUUGUGCGGUGUUGGCUUCCCGUAUCGCAAACGUGAACGUGAAGAGAAAGGUUCAUACGCAACAGGAUUUACCAGCACGGCAGGUCCUAGAAGGGAUUGAAAGGACGGCAGAAUGAAUCUUCACGAGCCGGUCGAUAUGUUGAACAAGACGUUCGAUGACCUCACUCCGGAGGAAAAAAUGAGGAUCGAACACAUGAAACUGCACGAAAAACACAUAGGACACGAAUCAAUGCACGCUGAAAUGGUCGUUAUCCUCCUCGUAACGCUAAUCAUAGCCCAGAUCGUGUUGGUGGAGUGGAAAAAACGGCACUACAAAUCAUACUCACUCAUGACAUUGGUUGCCCUUUGGUUGAUCCCGUUCGUACUUAGUUUGCGUAGCCAGUACUGGCGGUUCGUUUUCUUCUGGUUACUUUUCAGCUGCAUAACGUCGUUGGUCAUGCGGAAGGCUAUGAAGAAACCGAUCGCCGGAACUACUCCCCGACUCGUGUACAAGUGGUUCUAUUUUAUCUACAAGCUCAGCUACGGUCUCGGCAUUAUCGGGUAUAUAAUCAUGAUGUUCACCUUUUUCGGACUGAACUUCGUCUUCAAUCAAGCACCGAACGUGUGGAUGGAUAUCGGGCUGCUGUUUGUAUUUUACGGCCUGUACUACGGAGUUUUGGGACGGGAUGUUUCCGAAAUCUGUACGGACAAAAUGGCUGCACAUAUUGGGUACUACACCCCUAAAGGCAUUCCAACGCGGCACUUGGAACGAAACGUGUGUGCCGUCUGUGGCAAUCAACUACUGACGGAUGUCAACGAAACCGGUGUGAUUGAAGACACCUACAAACUGUCCUGUGAUCAUGUGUUCCACGAAUUUUGUAUACGGGGCUGGUGUAUCAUCGGCAAGAAGCAAACGUGUCCGUACUGCAAGGAGAAAGUUGACCUGAAAAAAAUGUUCUGCAAUCCGUGGGAGCGGCCGCACGUUCUCUACGGGCAAUUACUGGAUUGGAUCCGGUGGCUCGUAGCGUGGCAGCCACUUAUUCUGUUUAUUGUCCAAGGCAUCAACUGGGCCCUGGGAUUAGAAUAGCAAAUAGAGUCUGUGCUUUCAUUCAGUCAGCAGAAAUCGCAACCGCUUCGUUCAUCUUCGUCAAUUCCUUUGUCAUCGUCUUUAAGAUUUUCUUUUGAAAACAUAAUUAUCGGUACCAAAACACGCGCCAGGCGUAAGCUGUUGUAUGAUUAGGUCGUUCGUAAUUUGUUUUGAUUUUAAAAACAUUUUCAAGUUUCCCUUUAUUUCUUUUGCAUUUCAACGCCAUUUUUCAGAAAUUUCAACAUAAACCAUAAGUUUUGUUGUGUGCGUUGUGUGGAGAUUUGUCUGCAACCGUGGGUAGCGAAACCGUAUUCUUUUAAUUAUGUUAAGCGUUAAGCAUAGCAUAGGUUUUGAGUAGUAUAUUUUGUAAAUUAUUAUUAUUAUUUUGUGACUUUAAUAAAACAUGUAAGUCUCUC